AUGCCAGAACCGCGCAUCAAGUCCAAACGGUCAAGCUCACUGUACAACGGAAGCUCACUUGAGCAUACUGUGUAUUACGAAUGCACGGCUCGCUUAGUUGCACAAAAGAAACUGAAGGCAGACGAAUCGUUCAGUCAAGAUGGAGUGGAACAAUUCAUAAAAAAAUCUGGCAAGUCGACGAUGGCAAAUUACGCACUAUGCUUUCUACGUGAUCGUAUUGUUUUCAAAAGUAACAAAGUAGGCGUAAAAUCCGCUAGUCAUGAACCUGUGCUAUACACACAAAUUAAGGGCGGGUUUUCAGUCAGUAACUUUCCCAAUAUGCUCAUCCUCGGCAUUGAUUAUCCGGCUCAGUCAAAGAGACGAUACGAAUCGUUCGUGUUUCCUACCGUUUCGAGCGCAAAUGUGGUUAAAGAAAUCUUGCUAGAUGUGAGGAAACAGCCCGAUGGAAUACUUCACAGGUCAAGUGUUAGCCAAAAUACUGCAAGUAUAUCUGGCCGUUCACUGCCACGACUAUCAAUGCCAGAAUACGUCUUCCAAGCUUCCACACCUUUAGAGGUAGCGCCUACUGUUUACACAUCAGAAGAAGUUGCAUCAGAAGAAAAAAAGCCGUCAAAGUCGGAAGAAACAAUACCACAAAAUGUGCGCGUAAGUCAUGCACUUAAUUCUCCCAUAAAAUCAACGUGUACUGAAAAUGAACCCAAUUUCGAUUAUCCCAGAUGUGUUGAAAAUCCAGUGACCCGAUCCGACCGAAAAAUUAGCGAUUCGUAUAGAUACAAGGCAUACCGAUCACAUCCCGAACUCGCGCAGGUAACCCAGGCACGAUUUUCGGACUACCGCUUCUACUCAAGGAACCGGUGUGAAGUUAAUCCUCGGACCUCAGUGCUUCUCGAUGCCAUUCGCCAAGAAAACAGAGAAGAUGUCUUGUUUCUGAAUAGCAACGAGUGUACAGGAACACAGAUAGCGGAUGACGGACCAAUUUAUAUGAUUUGCAAGCGAGAACCAUCUAGAUUGUUGUGA